CGUCCAAAAUAUCACGUGACUAGCAACCUUCCAUCGUUUACAAUAUGGAGGACGACAUUAGCCAACUUUAAUAUUUUGUUUACAUGUUAGAAUUAAUAAACCAUGGAUAGAGGAAGAAACAAUUUUUUCGAGGCCCUUCAUGAGGUGGAAGAGGGAGAGGAGCCUGAAGAUUCAGACGAUGAAAGAAAGAGACAAGGGUCAUCUGAUGAAUCAGAUAGUUCCGAUGAUGAGGAACCUGAUCCAGCAGCAAAGAGACGUGAACCAAACAAGUUUGACAAUCUUUGUGAUGGAGUUCUCAAUGCUAUGGCUUUAGUUCACACUGCAAUGACGGAGUUACUGGAAAUGAAAGAUGAAAUGAUCAAACAUGCAUUACCUCCAACAGUUCUUGUCAAGCUGGCCACCAUAACAGGAAAAGUAUUUAGAAGUGUCAGUGAUGCUAACAUGCCAGUAAAUGAACUUGUAAGACUGGUGAGAGUGUACUCUACUCCGUGGGAAGAAAAAAGUGCAGCCCUGAAGAAACUACACGAGGACUAUGAGAGUAACCAAAGACAAUUAAAUAUAGCAAUUAAGAGAUUAAAGUUGGUUGAAACACAGUCAAAGCAAAUUGCAAGAGAGAAGAAAAUAAUGAACUGGGAGAAAUUAUUCUCUAAAAUAAUGAGCAACAAAGGCCAUGGAAGAAGAUGGAAGUUUCUGAUAGAAUCUAUAAAACAGAAAGCUAAAUUAGGAUUAGAGCAUGUUCAAGAGUACACACGAGCAUUAGAGGAAAGUUCUGAUGAAGAAGAGGAGGAAGAGGACGAUGAAAUGCCAUUAUCUCUCAAGCCUCAAGAUGAAGCAGAUGAUAGUGAUAAAUUAUCGGAUUUAGAAGAAGAGGGUGAGGACGUAAGCAGUGACAAAGGAAGUGUUGACAGUGAUCAGAAACUAGGACUAGAGGAAUACGAGAGUGAUGCAGAAAGGGAGCAAUCUCCUAAGAAAGUAAGAUUUGCUGAAGAACAGGAAGAAAAGCCACCUGAGCCGCCCAAACCAGAAAUGAAAGAAGUGGCAGUGUGGACACAUGAACCAGAAUAUGAUCAUUACUUAUAUGUCAGGGUACACACGCCAAAAUCUAUCAAACAGGAAGAACUGAAAUGUAUGAUCACGUUCCAAAAUAAAAUACUUAAAACUGGUAGGCUGGAUGUUGUUGAAGAGGUGAAGCCAGAAACCCCAAAAGAAGAGGAAGUGAAACCUAAGAAAGGUUUGAUUGGGUCUAGAGCUAAACCUGCUGAAGACAAAAAGGCAGUAUUGGAGAAGAAAAUGCAGGAGAUGAGAGGAGACGUGUCAUCUAUUCAUGAAGAUGUAGUAUUUGAUUUACCUGGUGACCGUCUGCCAACUCCUAAUAAAGAGGAACCAGAUCAAAAUGUCAAGGUCUCUAUACACUCAGGUCAAAUGGAGGAAAUGAUUGCCAUGGCAACCAUUAAUCUGGAGGACAUACAAGUUCUGGAGCUCCCAACCAUUGUUCUGCCUGAACCUCACGGAGAUGAUGACGCCCCACAUACACCACGUGACAGUGAUGACAUUGAAUCAAUAUCAGAAGAUAUUGAUCUAAUGUUAGGUGACAAAACUGUAGAUAAAGUUAAAGAUGAAAAGAAAGAAGCUGAUCCUGCAGCUAAAUUUGCAUCUUUUGAUUUCCCUGUAUACCCGCUGAAUCAAACAAGAGGAAAACAUGAACCAUGUGGUUUCAUACCAAUUACCUUUUAUUAUGCCAAAAAAUUCAAACCAAGAACUUUUGUUCGACAAGCAGGUACAAUGCCCUUCAAUGACCUAGUUUUUGAAGUUGCUGGUAUUGACUUGACUUCCUGGAAGAGAGAUGAUAUGUUUAGAGAGUUCGCUGACGAGGCAUUGUCAGCCAUUUCUUUUUCACCAGAGAUUAAGACACCAGAACCACCCAAACCUAAAACUCCUGAGCCACCAAAACCAAAAACACCAGAGCCGCCAAAGCCUCAAACACCUGAACUUCAAAAGCCUCCUUCUCCAGCCAAAUCACCUGUGAGAUCUCCUGUAAAAGAGGAAAUGGUGAAGAAAUCUGAUGUUGAAAGUCUGGUAUAUAAACAUAAUGCUGAAUUAGAACUUGUGCAACAAGAAUAUGAAAAGAGAUUGCAGUCUUUGAUGGAAAAUAUGCAUGAAAUGCAACAAACUCAGGAACAACAGAAACAACAGUUGGAGCAACAACACAAACAACAGAAACAGCGCCCACCUCUGGUACAUCAACGACCAGUAUCAUCAGAGAGUAGGAAAUCUGCAGGAAGUACUGGAAGGAAAUCAGCCAAUCAGAACCAAGUUCCUCCUCCUAAAUCACCUGCCAGAUUAUCUCCAAGAGUUCCCUCCCCUGAUAAGAGACAUGAGGUUCCUGUGCAUCCUAAUGAACAGCCACCACCAGUUCAGAAACUUGUAGAAAUAUCGGAUUCUGUUGAUCGUAUUCCACAGCAAUCUCAGCCUCAUCCAGCACCUCCUCAUAGACCUCGUAAAACACUGAAACCAAUAGCUCCCAGACAGAAUGUAACCUCUGCUCCAGCUUCACACCAACCAGAUAAACAUAUAGCUACGGGAGUACCUGAAGAUUUCUUUGAGCGCCUUCAGUUCUUUGAAGAUGAAAGCAAACAACAUAAGAAAGAGAUGAUGGAAAAGACAACUAAGGCCAUCAGGGAUGAUUUAGAAAAGAAACUGGCUGGUCAACAUAAACUUAGUAAACAUGAGGAAGAAAUUUAUGAUGCUUUAAAAGAUGUCAGUUUACCAGCUUUAUUUAUGCCGUUCAAAACAGGAACAAUAUUUAAUCCAAGAGCUCAUCAGUAUUUCCACGCCACAGGGUCGACUGAUUUGAGGUUGUCACAACCCCCUUCUAUGUUCCAGCUACCACCACUACCUACCAAAAGUAGAAUGUCUGUGGUUAAUUUAUUUGAACUGAGUAGAAACUUUUCAAGUCGAGGCCAAGCUUGGUUAAUGGAGAAAUACAUUCAACAACAGGAACCAGUAGCAAACGUGCACGGAGUUGUCCCCCAUACACCUGUACCAACAAUAACUAAUGCCUCCCGUGGUCAGUCAGCACCGCAACAAGAUAAAGUGUCGUCUGGAAUGAACUCAAACCAAAGUCAAAUAAACAGUAUACGGGAUCCUAGAGAAUUAGAUGCAGAACUGGAAAUGGAAAUGGAAUGAGUCAUGUGACUAUUAAUAAAGUGUCAUGUGACUAUUAAUAAUAUGGCAUGUGACUAUUGAUUCUGUGUCAUGUGACUAUUAAUAAUGUGUCAUGUGAUUUGAUAAUGUGGCAUGUGACUAUUAAUAAUGUGUCAUGGGACUUAAUAAUAUGUCAUGUGACUUAAUAAUGUGUCAUGUGACUAUUUAUAUUGUGUCAUGUGACUAUUAUAUUCUGUCAUGUGACUAUUAAUAGUGGGUCUCAUUGGGGUCUAAGUGUGACAGGGGAUUGCUGAUUUUUGUAAGCGUGAUACAUGAAAGUCAACUUAUUUAGUCGUGAAAACGGGAAAUAAGUCUUGGGGGAACUGGAAAAUGACAAGAAAAUGAGCACUGCUUACAUACAUAGUGUAAGCGGGAUAUGGGAAUAUGACAAAACAGUAAGCAGGAUCUGGGAUUGGAACACCCCCCCCCCCCCCCCCCCC